AUGCGUGCCGUGGAUGCGACAGACGUUGUAAAUCCAGACCAUGGAUCCUGGGGCAAGAAGGAAUGGAAGCUACUUGAAGCCGAUGGAGCUCAGCCAAAGUCUCUUACAGUUUUCCUUCAGCAACUUUCUGCACGCUGGCGCCUAGCAUCAGUGCUUCAGGCCGCGCUCUCCUUCGCGCGGGAUCGUGGAGUCGAAGUCAACGUCUUCCACGAGAAUGUGGCUCUCAGUGCAUAUGAGCAUUGCGAGUGGGAGCUAGCCCUACACCGCUUGGAAUGGGUGCAGCUCCGUCGAAUCCUCCCCAGCCUAGUUAGCUACAACACUCUCAUACGAGUGUGUGCUACAGCAAGCUGGCCGGCAGCCCUGCAAACACUGCAAGUGGUUCAGCGAGAGCAAUGCCUUGAUACAAGCACAUACCACACAGCCAUCAGCGCCUCGACCCGCCGGUGGACGCUGGCUUUGGAAGUUCUUCGCGGGAUGCAUCGUGUUCGUGUCCAAUGUGGGCUGGUGACUCUCACCGCUGCUAUCAAAAGAUCCUCUCAGAUGAAGAGGUGGGCUUCAGCUCUGG